GGUGACGUGGGGAAGCCAGGACCAGCGGGCCCUCCGGGGGAGAAAGGUGCCAAGGGCUCGGACGGCCUCCCGGGACCGCGGGGGCAGCCUGGGGAACCCGGUAUGCGAGGCCUGAUCGGCUCACGCGGGUCCCCCGGGCCUUCGGGUGCCAGCGGCAUCGAUGGAGCACCGGGGCCCAAAGGCAACGUGGGAAUCCAUGGGGAGCCGGGACCCCCGGGACAGCAAGGGAACCCUGGUCCGCAGGGUCUGCCGGGCCCCCAGGGCCCCGUCGGGCUGCCAGGAGAGAAGGGCCCACCGGGGAAGCCGGGAAUACAGGGUGUAGCUGGGGCCGAUGGGCCCCCGGGUCACCCCGGCCGAGAAGGGCCAGCCGGCGAGAAGGGCCUCCAGGGCCCUGUGGGUGCCCCUGGUCCCAUCGGCUAUCCAGGACCCCGUGGGGUGAAGGGGGCUUUCGGCGUGCGGGGCCUGAAGGGCAGCAAAGGGGAGAAGGGAGAAGAUGGAUUCCCCGGCUUUAAGGGGGACAUGGGCCCCAAGGGUGACAGGGUAAGUGGGGUCUCAGGCCCUGUGUCCCUGCGUCCCCGCAUCCCCGCACCCCCGUCCCUCCUCGCCUGCGGCUCAGCUCUGCUCUCUCCCUUGCAGGGCAAGCUGGGAGUGCCGGGUCUCCCGGGCUAUCCCGGGCGCCAGGGCCCCAAGGGCUCCACUGGCUUCCAGGGUCCCAUGGGGCUGGCGGGAGAGAAAGGCAAGAGGGGCAAGGCCGGCCAGGCUGGGCAGACGGGACAGCGAGGGCCCCCGGUGAGUAACCCCUGCCCUGGCCCCGAGCUGGGGGUGACAGAAAUCGCCCUGUGUGCCGUGCCUGGUGACUACCACCGGGCCGGCUGUCCCACGGGGAAACCCGGCCCAAAGGGAGAUCCUGGCCAUGACGGGGCACCCGGCGCGGUGGGAGAGAAGGGUCCCCAAGGUCCGCAGGGUCCCAACGGCUUCCCGGGCACGAAAGGUCCCCCUGGUCCCGCCGGGAAGGACGGCUUGCCAGGACACCCGGGACAGCGUGGCGAGCCGGGGUUUCAUGGUAAAACCGGCCCCCCUGGCCCCACAGGGGUGGUGGGACCCCAGGGUAAAUCAGGCGAGACCGGACCUGUGGGAGAAAGGGGGCACCCAGGCCCCCCCGGCCCCCCCGGGGAACAGGGCCUGCCUGGAGCUGCUGGCCGAGAAGGAGCCAAGGGUGACCCUGGCCCUGCUGGCAUCCCUGGUAAGAGUGGCCCCCCAGGCAUCCACGGCUUUCCCGGCACACGGGGGGCACCCGGAGAGACGGGUCCUCCUGGCUUGAAGGGUGGGGAAGGUCCCCCUGGUCCCCCUGGACCCACG